GGGGCCUGGUGGGCCGAGGGGGCCGAGGGCCUUCAUGGGCCUAAUCCUCAUUGUUCUCUGGGGCCCCAUCCUUAUUCGUCCAUGAUUCUCAGUCAAGCCAGACGUUUGCGGGGUCCAGACCUUCAUCCCACCAAUUCGACCUGGUGCCCAGAACCUGGGACAGCCAGGAGUGGCUCUUGUCCUUUGCUUCCUCAGCACUUGGGGAUCCCCCCGGGUCGCAGCCCUGCUUGAUCGCUUGUGUCCCCCGCCAAAACCGUCCCUUUCGCCUGCGUUUACGUCUGCGCUCGCUGCUCCCAAGAAAUCACAAGCCCGACUUCAGGUGUUGCCCAACUUUCCUGCCAUGACACACGACAACCUCUAAAAUCUCUUUUCUACCCAUUCCUCACCCAUCGACAGACACGACUUCCCUCUCCCUAUAGUUGCUACACUGACAGGUCACCAACACCGCUACUUGUCAUCUGUUUGGUGCGGCUCUGUCGCAUUGCCAGUAGCUCCAAAAUCGGAUUUGAAAAAGUCAAACCCCGGCAUCGUCAGCCUGGCUUCACUCAGUCUGGUCCUUCUUUCACUCCGCGCGUUCCCGGGCACACAAUGUGAUGACGACGUUUAGUCCUGGCGACCUACAUCGACUCGAUGUCGCUGCUAGAGUUUCGUCAUGUUUGUCUCUGGCAGGGUCCUUAUGGACUAUGAUCAGCUUCGUUUUUUACCGACCACUGCGCAAGCCCGUCAAUCGUUUCAGUUUUUGCAUCUCGGUCUCAAACACCAUGGCUUGUCUGGCCUAUUCUUGGGGUCGAUAUCCCGUCGACGCUGGUCGAAAUACCGCCAUUUGCCAAACCCAAGGCUUCAUGAUCACCUGGUUUGUCAUGUCAGACCCGCUCUUGGUUAUGGUCAUGGCACUCAAUGUGUAUUGGACAGUGCAUCAUAAACGAAGUCUGAAGGAAUUGAAAAAAACCGACGUUAUUGGCAUUGGUCUCGCCUUUGCCCUGCCUUUUCCCUCCGCUUUGACCUUUUUACUUUGGCGUCCGCACGGCAGGACUGUGUACGGCGACGCCACCUCAUGGUGUUGGAUUUCUAAGGAAUCCGGUCUUUUACGGCUGGUAGCAUUUUAUGUUCCAAUCUGGAUUUCUAUUUUGACUUCGUUGAGUUUGUUUGCGCUGAGCGGGAAAAGCAUUAUCCUUGUACGUCGGCGUUUGAACGCCGUCAAAACCAAAAACCCUCUUCAUCAAUCUUCCGGUCGCCCCGACCCCGAGCCAGACUGGUGCCGCGCAGACGGCAUCCCCGAAUCGACGAGUUCGUCGGACCAAGACAGCCGGCCGGCCCAAGUUGCGUUCUCGGAGCCUAAUUAUUCCCAAGACCUCCAUUCAAAUGACCUUCAGGAACUGGCGCCGUCACAUUCAAUCGAGGCGCAGCUCGCGCGCUCUCCAUCUUACCAGUUCGCAGCUAAUAUUCGGCGGGAGCGGACUCACUCCACCACUAGUCAGACCGCUCUACGCAAAACCCCAUCUCGGUUCGACGCGGCUCACUGGAAGUAUGCUCAGUUUGCUUUCCUGUAUACGAUCGUCCUUCUCAUUACCUGGGUCCCCAUCAGUGUCAAUCGAGUGUACAAUACCUUUAUUGCUCCCCCAAACCAGCAGAUCUAUAGCCUGUAUCUGGCUUCAUCCAUCUGUAUUCCAUUUCACGGAUUUGGAAAUGCCAUCAUCUAUACGGUCACUAGUUGGUCGGAAUGCUUGGACUUUUUGAAAUGCAGAUCACCUCGGCGGCCUAGUGUGGCUUCAGACACUUCCUGCGGCCUCGGAGAAGCGAUCUCAGACUGGUUCAAAUCUAUGCGGGAAUGGCCGCGGCGCAUCAGUAGUCGCAGAAAGGAACCCACGGGAGAUUGAUGUUUUCCCCCGGAACCUGGGGGUUGUUGUUAUGGACUCGAGAUUAAACUGGGUGAGGCCCAGACGAAAUCGAUAGCAAACAAACAUGAGUCACGUGUCUCAUAUGCGCGAAGACUGAAGACUGCUCUGCACUCACGCUUCGCGGUUGUUUGACGUGCUAGAAUCAAAAGUGGUACCCCAAGCCAGACUUUGAUGAACCCUUGUCAAGGAGGUCUUGUAGCCAGAUGACACGAAUACGAGGCUGGAAUGAAAACGGCGUGAUCUUGAACAUCUCGCACGUCAAGUAGUGGGGGUUGUGAGACUCACUUGUGGGCUUUGCGGGAGCUGUUGAACUUAAUCGUCUGCUGGAUCUCAAAUUCCCGGGGUAGGUUUCAUCCGUUGCGUGAAACUCAGACACAGCUUUCCACAGAUCGUGGAAACGGUGAGACCCCAGACUGGUG